UUCUUCAUGAGAGGAUCUCCAGGGAUAAUUUGUCUUCUUCACACUUCAUAGUUGGCUUGGUUAAAACCCAAAAGUACAAAAAAAAAAAAAAAAAAAAACAAGAAGAAGUAACAGCUGCACAACUCUUUUAAGUCCUAUUACUACUACUGAGUAACCAUAUCUGUAUAUUUUCUUUCUCUUCCAUCAUCAUAUCAUCUUCCAAGCUAGAGUACUACAAAACUCCAACGAUGUGCAAUCCAAACACUACCCCCAAACUCACCACCAUCUCCGUGAUUGAUCAUCAAAAGAUUACCUCCUCCUCCACCUCCACAAGAUCACCACGGCCACCAUCUCAAACCCACUUUUAUUUCGAUCUGUUAUCCCUCCCCACGCCCUUAAAAGUCCAAGAAAACCCCAAAGAAAACCAUCAAAAUCCACCCAAAUUUGCCCUACCUUCAUCCUCGGAGAUCGUCCAAGAAACCAAAGCCCUCUUCAAGCUAUCCUUCCCCAUAGCAAUCGCAGCCCUCAUCCUCUAUGCCCGCUCCAUUCUCUCCAUGCUCUUUUUAGGCCAACUCGGCGACAUCCAGCUUGCCGCUGGCUCUCUAGCUAUGGCCUUCGCCAACAUAACCGGUUAUUCCGUUCUUUCCGGUUUAGCACUAGGAAUGGAGCCGCUUUGUUCUCAGGCUUUCGGAGCACAGCUUCCCAGGCUUCUUUCCCUAACGCUGCAAAGGUCCGUUAUAUUUCUUCUGGCUUGCUCCAUCCCAAUCACAUUUCUUUGGAUCAACAUUUCCCAUAUUCUUCUUUAUUUGCACCAAGACCCCAUUAUCACCCGAUUGGCCCGCACCUACCUUGUUUUUUCACUCCCUGAUCUUGUCACAAAUUCUUUUAUUCACCCCAUACGUAUUUACCUUCGGGCUCAAGGUAUUACUUAUCCGCUCACCUUCGCUUCGCUGGCUGGCACGGCUUUGCACUUGCCCAUCAACUAUGUUUUGGUCAUCCGGCUCCGGCUCGGCGUGGCAGGCGUUGCUGCUGCGGCUGCCAUCUCCAACCUGGUGGUCCUGGCGACGCUCGUCCUGUACUUGUGGGCUACCGGCUUGCACGCCGCAACAUGGACGAAGGUGAGCGGAGAGUGCUUGACCGGCUGGGGUCCGCUCAUGCGGCUAGCCGGGCCGAGCUGCGUCUCGGUUUGUCUGGAAUGGUGGUGGUACGAGAUCAUGAUAGUGCUGUGUGGCCUCUUGGUGGACCCUAAGGCCACUGUUGCAUCCAUGGGCGUCUUGAUCCAAACGACGUCGCUGCUGUACAUAUUCCCGUCCUCGCUCAGCUUCGCGGUGUCCACGCGGGUCGGUAAUGAGCUCGGAGCAAACCGGCCCGAAAGGGCUCGGGUCUCAUCCGUGGUGUCGAUCUUCAUAGCGGUCCUGAUGGGCUUAUCAGCUAUGGGCUUCGCAACAUCCUUGAGGGACUUGUGGGCUCGGAUGUUCAUUGAUGAUGGCAACAUCCUACGGCUGACAUCAGCGGCGCUGCCGAUUCUGGGACUGUGUGAGCUAGGGAACUGCCCACAGACCGUUGGAUGUGGGGUUGUACGUGGGACCGCCCGCCCGUCCACAGCAGCUAACGUGAACCUUGGGGCAUUCUAUCUUGUGGGUAUGCCCGUGGCGAUUGGGCUAGUUUUUGGGCUUGGGGUUGGGUUCUGUGGGCUUUGGCUGGGGCUUCUGUCGGCCCAGGUUUGUUGCGCGGGGCUGAUGUUGUAUGUGGUAGCCAUCACGGACUGGAAGUUCGAAGCCAACAGAGCACAAUUUCUCACGUGCGAAGGAGGUUGCGGUGGUGAAAGCAAGACUCCUCCUCCUCCAUUGCCUGGUGAAUGCCACAACGAAAUAGAGCCGUUGAUUUGUGUGACGGUGACGUCGCCGUGAUGAGAAUUUGACAAAAUUAAGUAGACCCCAGUGAUGAAAUCUUUGGUUUAUAAUUUCUAGAAUUUUUUUUUUGGUGGGGUGCUCAGCUUAGCGCAUCAGUCGGAUUAGGUGAUCUUGAUUUGUGAAGACACUUAUCUUUUUUUUUUGAUUCCAAAAACUCGGGGGUGGUGGGGUUUUAAGCCCUUCAAAGGAUUCAGCGAGGGUUUUGCCUUGUAUCUUUUUCCGGUAUUAAUUUCGGGUCCCUCCGCCUAAUUUUUUGGUUUUUUUUGGCAAGGAUGCUGGUGGCACUGUUUUCGUCUGCGAUGUGAAUAUCGUUUGAGCUUUGUUUCACCUUUUCUGGUGAUAAAUGACAAUUAAUGGACUAGGAGACAUGAUUCUUAUUUUUGUUUGUCACAUAGUGUGCAUGGAGGUGGAAGGUUGUACGUAUGUUGACGUUCAUGUUAUGGAAGUUGUAUUAGGGGUAUCCUUUAGGUAUUAUUA